UUAACACUAAACGAAGAAGACGUUUUCCUCUUCCGCCGCGGCUAGGGCCCCUCAAACACGAGUUCAGCAUUUCUGACUUUACGGGACGCACGGCAACAACACUGGACCGGCUGCCGACACGUAGCUAAGAUGAAACCGAUCCUGCUCCAGGGCCACGAGAGGUCCAUCACUCAGAUCAAGUAUAACAGAGAAGGAGACUUGCUGUUCUCUGUAGCUAAAGACACGGUAGCCAACGUGUGGUACUCGGUCAAUGGCGAGAGGCUUGGUACCUACAAUGGACACACAGGAGCUGUGUGGUGUGUGGACUGUGACUGGGACACAAAAAGCGUGCUAACAGGAUCAGCAGAUAACAGCUGUCGGCUGUGGGACUGUGAGACCGGUAAACAGCUGGCCCUGCUCAACACCAACUCUGCUGUCAGAACGUGCGGCUUUGACUUCAGUGGCAACAUCAUCAUGUUCUCCACAGACAAGCAGAUGGGUUACCAGUGUUUCCUGAACUUCUUUGACCUGAGGGAUCCACAGCAGAUAGAGGACAACCAGCCCUACCUGUCCAUACCUUGCAGUGAUCACAAAAUCACCAGUGCUGUGUGGGGACCUCUGGGAGAGUUUGUCAUCGCCGGUCAUGAGAACGGAGAGAUCAAUCAGUUUAGUGCCAAGUCUGGGGAGAUCCUGAAGAAGGCCAAGGAGCACACCAAGCAGAUCAAUGACAUCCAGCCAUCAGUGGAUCUGACCAUAUUCAUCACUGCCUCCAAGGACAACACUGCUAAGCUGUUUGACUCGACUUCUCUGGAUCACAUCAAGACAUUUAAGACAGAGAGACCCGUUAACUCUGCUGCCAUCUCCCCGAUAAUGGAUCAUGUGGUGAUGGGAGGUGGACAGGAAGCCAUGGAGGUCACAACUACCUCCACCAGGAUUGGCAAGUUUGAGGCCAGGUUCUUCCAUGCUGCCUAUGAAGAGGAGUUUGGCAGGGUCAAAGGUCACUUCGGCCCAAUCAACUGUGUGGCAUUCCACCCUGACGGCAAGAGUUACAGCAGUGGAGGAGAAGACGGAUACGUGAGGAUUCAUUACUUUGACCCACAAUACUUUGACUUUGAACUAGAGGCGUAAUCUACCAGCUUGCUCGACCCCCACACCUUCAACUAAAAUCAGAAUCGAUCCAGUCAGGAACAAGGAAAAACAGUCAGUCAACACCUUGCCUCCUCCCUUUCAUCUGAACUGAUCUGGAGUCAGGGUACAACAAAAGUCUGCGGCCAUUGACUGAUUUUUUUUUUUUUAAGCUGUAUACUUCUCCCAGAUUGCUUCAUAAUAAAGGAAGAGAGGGCCCGAGAGGC